AUGGGCUGCUGGUCCAAGAGGGUUAAGGCAGCUGAUAUUCGACCGGAACAAAAGUGGGAGUUCAUCAGUUUAAAUGAUUUUCACUCCACAUCUUACUUGACUCCUUUCGCCUAUGGAUAUCUUUGGGUAUCACUGUCUGUAUCUUUGGCCGUUUACUCUGUUGAUAUCUUUACCGCAAUCAAUCUAUUGGCCUUUCACAAAUGGUCAUCUGAGAUUAAGCCUGUGAUUCCGAUCGACAUUUCCCGUUGGAUCUUCUCCGCAUGUAUCAUUGCUUCGCUAGUCAAUUUGGCCUUUGAACACAUUCGGGCGAUCAGAGUCAUCAGAAGAGGUGCCGUGGCCGAAAGUUAUCUGGACUCCCUCGCAGCUCGCCUCCAGAGUACGAGACUUGGGAAAGGCAGAGGUUGGAGACGUUUCUUAGUCUUUGCCGAACUAACAAGAUCUAAAAAGGGCGUUGAGUAUGUCGCCUUAUUUACGUAUUUUUCUUUCCAAUCUUGGAUUCGGAUUAUAUUUUGUCAAGGUCCUCGACAAGUUAUUAAUGCCAUAACUUUAUACUCUAUUCUCGGACAACGCAUUAUUGUAGACAGUAAAGAUAUAAGUAAAGAUUUUUUGAAUGUUUCUCAAAGUCUCACUUGGCUUUUUAAGCAUGAACAGCAUCAGUCUAUAAUCCUUUGUGGUAUGGUAUUCACCUUCGUUAUCUGGGCCCUUGGAGCUCUCUCACUUCUCAUCGCUGUACUACUUUAUGUAUUAUUUCUAUGGCACUAUAUUCCACAUACUGAUGGUGGUCUAUCCGGCUACUGUGAGCGUAAGAUUAAUACCCAACUCUCACAGAUAGUUAGUGUCAAGGUCAACAAAGCAAUUGAAGAAGAGGAGAGAAAACGAUUAAAAGUAGAUCCAAAGGCUCUUGCAAAGGGUAACCUAACUCAAGGUCGUCAAGCAACGCUUCCUGUAAUAUUGGACGAAAAAUUUUCCGGCCCUGCAGUCGUUACCCGUAACGACUCUGUUACGAGCCUAUCUCAAUAUUCAAGUCGAUCAAUGGCCUCGGGCAAUGCCUUUCCCUCCGUAUAUCGCCCUGGAUUCCAAGAUAGACCAAGUAGUCCAGCUUCUUUCUCCUCAGUCUCCUCUUAUGAACAAAAUGCUCCUAUGUUGGACUACGCAUCACAAAUGGGAAUCAGCCGUGUGGCCUCACCAGCUCCGUUUGUAUCGUCUGUACCAAACAAUUUCUCAAAUGGCUAUGCUCCACCUCAGCGCACUGGAACCUCAAAUAGCAUGAGGUCAUAUCAAAGCUCAAAUUCGGCUAGGGGCCCAAGUCAAUUAAUUGAUGCAAGCUACCAAGGUAACACACCAUCCAGCCCUAAUCCAUCACGAAUCAUGUCACCAGGUCUUGGUUCAUAUCAGUCCAGAGGCCCUCAAAGCAAUUUGAGGAACGUUGCUCGUUUCGACCUGAAAUGA